AUGAGUGAAGGAUACCUUAUGCAAAAUAUAGGAGGCACUGAUCUACUAGUUAAUGAUGAAAAGGCAAAGGAUCUACCCUUUGUAGAGUCAUUUUUGGUAGAAAUUGGCUGUGAGAAAUACUUGAAUAAAUUUAUCCAAUGUAGUGUUGUCACAGAAGAAGAAAUCAAGUAUUUGGACAAGGAUAUUCUCACCGCUCUAGGGGUCAACAAAUUAGGAGACAGACUCAGGAUACUAAGAAAGGCUAAAUCAUUUCAGAGAAGCAAACGCAUUGAACAAGUAAAAGAAUUGAAAAACCUCAUGGAAAAGGUAAGUUCCCUAUCUACUUCCACAUUGACUAUGAACUCGGACUUGGCUCCUGAAAAACACUGUGUUAUAUUCAUUUUAAACGAUGGCUCUGCUAAAAAAGUGAAUGUUAACGGUUGUUUUAAUGCUGACUCUAUUAAGAAGAGAUUGAUCAGGAGAUUGCCGCAUGAACUAUUAGCCACGAAUUCUAAUGGAGAACUCACUAAAUUGGUUCAGGAUUACGAUGUGUUUGUACUGGAUUACGCCAAGAACGUGCUACAUCUGCUGUACGACGUAGAAUUAGUAACCAUAUGCCAUGCCAAUGAUCGAGUUGAGAAAAAUAGACUAAUUUUCGUUUCUAAAGAUCAGACUCCAAGUGACAAGGCCAUAUCCACAUCCAAGAAAUUAUAUCUGAGAACAUUGAGUGCAUUAAACCAAGUAGGGUCAUCUUCGUCGAACUUACUCUCUCAAAACAGGACAAUUUCUAAUACCAAUUCAGAAGGAAAACUCAAGAUUGACAAUACCGAAAAAGACAGAAUUAGGCAAGUUUUUAAUCAAAGACCCCCUAGCGAGUUAAUCUCAACCAACUUAGCGGGGUACUUCCCUCAUACAGACAUGAAACGAUUGCAAAAAACAAUGAGAGAAUCGUUUCGUCAUUCAGCUAUGCUAAGCAUCAAUCAAAACAGACCUUUGAGCGCCGAAUCAAACAAUGUUGGGGAUAUCUUGUUAAAGCACUCGAAUGCCGUGGAUAUGGCACUAUUGCAGGGUUUGGACCAAACUAGAAUAAAUAAUAAGCUCGACACAACCAAAAUUCCGAAGCUUACACAUAAAAGCGCUGACAGUAAAGAUGUCAUAUCUGAUCAAUUAGAACUGCUAAGUGUUGAAUCUGAUGGAGAAGAAGAUUAUGAUUUCCUUGGAGAAGACAGCGAAAUCGUUUCGUUACCAACAAAAAUUGCUACACCCAAGAACUGGUUGAAGGGUGCUUGCAUUGGGUCAGGCAGUUUUGGGAGUGUUUAUUUGGGUAUGAAUGCUCACACAGGUGAACUAAUGGCAGUGAAACAAGUGGAGAUUAAAAACAACAAUAUGGGUGCAGCCACAGAUAAUAACAACAAUAACAACAACAACAACAACAACAACAACAAGCAAACCAAGACAGAUGAGGAUAACGUUCAGGAGGAGCAACAUCAGUCACGGUUACAAAAUCAGCAGCAGGAGAAAUCAGAGGAUGUCGGUGCAGUAAAUCAUCCAAAAACUAAUCAAAAUAUUCAUAAAAAGAUGGUUGAUGCUUUGCAGCAUGAAAUGAAUUUGUUAAAGGAACUGCAUCAUGAAAACAUUGUGACCUAUUACGGUGCUUCUCAGGAAGGCGGAAAUUUAAAUAUUUUUCUCGAAUACGUUCCUGGAGGUUCGGUUUCAUCCAUGUUAAACAACUAUGGCCCAUUUGAAGAAUCGUUAAUCACUAAUUUUACGAGGCAAAUACUGAUUGGGGUUGCAUAUUUACAUAAAAAAAACAUUAUCCACCGAGAUAUUAAAGGUGCAAAUAUCUUGAUUGAUAUCAAAGGUUGCGUGAAGAUCACCGAUUUCGGUAUUUCCAAAAAAUUGUCACCUUUGAAUAAGAAACAAAACAAAAGAGCUUCUUUGCAGGGCUCAGUUUUUUGGAUGUCACCAGAAGUCGUCAAACAAUCCGCCACUACUGCUAAAGCAGAUAUAUGGUCCACUGGUUGUGUUGUUAUUGAAAUGUUUACUGGUAAGCACCCGUUCCCAGAUUUUUCACAAAUGCAGGCUAUUUUUAAAAUUGGCACUAACACAACGCCUGAAAUACCCUCUUGGGCUACACAAGAAGGAAAAAAUUUCUUGAGAAAAGCGUUUGAAUUGGAUUACCAAUACAGACCCACAGCUCUUGAAUUACUACAACAUCCAUGGCUGGAUGCGCAUAUAAUUUGA